CCAAGAUGUGGCACAACGUGGGGCUGACUCUGCUGGUGUUCGUGGCCACGCUGCUGAUCAUCCUGCUGCUGAUGGUGUGCGGUUGGUAAUUUGCAUGGCAUCUAUUUUUAUCUAAAUUCAAGUUUCUUCGAGAACUGGCGGGAGAUACAGGGUCCCAGGAGGGAGAUCAUGAGCCUUCAGGGUCUGAAACUGAAGAAGAUCCAUCAGCCACUGCACACAGGUUACGAUCUGCUCGUCAGCGCCGGGCACCUGCUGAUGAAGGCCACUAACCCCAGACAUGGGCCUCUAUUCCUGAGUAAAUGAUAAAAGGCAGUUAUAAACCUCUGUCUUCAGUGAUGUGACUUUGAAAUUUACUAAAUGACUGAACAGCAUUUCUACUUGGAUUUUAUGUCCAGUUCAAAAACAGAUUUACAUAUAAGCCAUAUAGAAAUAAAGGGAAUUGAAACAAGUUAGACCCUGAAAAUUUCAUCUUAAGAAUAUUUUGCUUCCCUAGCUCUCUACUUAACACAGUUGUUCCUUUAUCUCUUGGGCUAUCUCUUCUUUUUUUUUUACACUGAUGAAUCUGGUAAACAUUUCAAGCUUGAAGAAACAUUUUAUUGGACUGAAAAUGUACUGUUUUGCUGACAUUGUAAUUUGUCUGAAUUUGGGAUGCAUUUCAUGACUAUCAGUGGUGGUUCAUGUUAUUUCCUAGCCAUGCAUGCGUGAAGUUACAGCUUGUCCCAUUGUCAUCGCCUUCACCUGUGUGUGUGUGCUUGUCAUCAAAGGCGUUUAGAAAUGCCUA